GUUUCAGAAGAGAACAGAGAGUGCUCUGAACUUGGUUUUUGCCAGUAGGAAAAUGGCUCCAGCGGCGAAGAGUGGUUUGGCCGUCGGUUUGAACAAAGGGCAUAUCGUCACGAAGCGCGAUUUGCCGGCUCGUCCGUCCGACAGAAAGGGGAAAACGAGCAAGAGGGUGCACUUGGUCAGGAACCUGAUCAGGGAAGUUGCUGGAUUCGCACCGUACGAGAAGAGAAUCACGGAGCUUUUGAAGGUCGGGAAAGACAAGAGGGCGCUGAAGCUGGCGAAGAGAAAGCUCGGAACCCACAAGAGGGCCAAGAAGAAGAGAGAGGAGAUGUCCACCGCACUCCGCAAGAUGAGGUCUGGAGGUGCAGGCGAAAAGAAGAAGUGAGAGGGUUUUGAACAUCAUCAUCUUUCCUAGUUUAUUUAGGUGCUAAACAAG